AUUUGGACUAACAAUCGACAUUUCGGUUCGGUUCAGUCUGUCAUCUCGAAGCAUUUGGGAUGACAAACGAUCAAUGCACUCCGGAAUACUGGUUUUGGAUAGGGACUGCAUUUUAUUCGUGCUUCCUAUUGAAUGAGAUUAUUGUGCCUUACUUUUCUGGACUGUGGUUCAAGAACUACGACCAGUUAAAACGCCCGUUGUAUUUCGAGUGGAAUGGAAGAUGUACAUCAACAUUUCACGCAAUCGUCGUAUGCACGUGCAGCAUUUGGUGCCUACUAUUUCACGAUGAAUUGUGGACGAACAAAUUGUUCAAUACGGAUUGUCUGAGCAGAAACACGCUGGCUGUCAGUUGUGGGUACAUGAUUUAUGAUCUCAUCACGAUGAUAUGGUAUUCAAGAGGAGUUCCUCUGCUAACGUACAUCGUGCAUCACCUCGUUGUGAUCAUUGGAGAUAUCCUGAUUCUGAAACAUAACUUUGGGAUGUUCUAUGUACACUACAAACUAUUGACUGAGUUAUCAACACCGUUGGUCAAUUUAAGGUGGUUUAUUCUCCGUGUCGGUUACUCACCAAAACACCCGGCGUUCUCGUUGACAACGCUAGCACUAUGCGCAUGUUUUGUCACAGUUCGUCUCAUCGGAUCGAUACCGUACUGGGUUUGGCUUCAGCAGAGUGUCACCAGUCUCACUGAUCCGGACCAAAUCAAAACGUGUGAAACCUAUAAACCCGUCUUCUAUGUACUGUCUAUUUUACUAGACUGUUUGAAUGUCGCAUGGUCUUCAAUUCUGGUUUUUCGAGCUAUGCGGUCUCUGAAGGAUUUGAAAGUUCAUUAUCGAUCGAAACAACAUAAUGGAGAAAUCAGCUUUGAACAAACUUACGAAAUUGAAUUAAAUUUAUUUUAUAAUGCGCGACUAUUGAUUAGUUCUAACAUUGCUGAGAGUUCGGAUGGAGUUCGCU